AGAUAAACAAAACAAACCAGAAAGGGAAAAAGCGUGGAGUAUAUAUGAGUGGAACAUUUUAUGCAAAUAAAGAUAUAAAUACUGGAAUAAUUAAAACCUCAGUCACCUUAUGGGGAGUUUUAGGAAAAUAAUUAAUAGAAGAGGACCAGACAAGCACGCUUUAGCAAGCCAUUGAGGCUAUAAAGAAAAAUACCCUGGUGUGAUGGAAUUAAUUAAUUAAAACAAAGCUGGAAACUACGGCCCCCGUGACACAACAAACAAGUUUGGAAUUAGACAAAGGGCAUCUGUGCUUGGCAAUGCCUCAGCCUAACGUUGGUGAGAUGGAACCUCCUUCUGGGGAUGCCUUUGAGAACCACACUUUUUCUGAUCAAGUACUGACCAGCACAGACCUGUUGGCUAGCAGUUCCGAUCCAGACUUCAUGUAUGAACUGGACAGAGAAAUGUCUUGCAGGCAAAGUCCUAGAGGUGAUGUCCUAUCAAUUGGGGUAUGCAAGGACAUAGAAGGAAUUCUGGACAGUGACCCGACAUCUAACUCAAACUUUGAACAGUGGGAUACAUACUGGGAAGACUUAACCAAGUACACAAAGCUAGCCAGCUGUGAUAUCUGGGGAACAAAGGAAGUGGAUUUCCUGGGACUGGAUGAUUUUUCUAGUCCUUAUCAAGACGAAGAAGUCAUUGGAAAAACACCGACCUUAGCACAGCUUAACAGUGAUGAUUCCCAGCCUGUUUCAGAUCUGCUUUAUCACCCUGAUCUGCUACCGAGUCAGAAAUCGAAUAUGCUUGCAUCUUCCUUAGGCGGGAAGAAAAUGCUGAGCAAGCUGCCCACUUCGUCUGCGUCUUCUGCGAGAAACCCCCUUCCAGAUGAUGCCGAAAGCUUUCAGAAAGCCACCAGGCCUGUACCCUCCAGCACAGAAACCAUCAGCAAAACUCAGACACAGAGCACUGAGGUCACAUCUUUUCAUUCUGAUACCAAGGGCUAUGUCAGGAAGGCUAAAGUCAGGAUCAAUACAGCACCACUCAGACCAGCAGCGGAGGACUCACAGGCCCAGGCUGGCAUUGACCUUGGGUUUUCAUUUAGUGAGUGCAGAGCGGCAGUGCCAGAAAUGAAAGCUGAAAAGCAGAGCACAGAGAUAACAGCUACUGCUGCGCCUGAGAAAAGAACCCCCCUAGUGGAGACCCAUGAGCUCUUCACCUCUCCUGGUGUGAGUCAGGGACUACUGCCCAGCAGUGCCUUGGUUCUGGACCAUUCUCAGAAGAAGGAAGAGCACAACUACUCUCUCUUUGUGACGGAUGAGGGCAUGGAGGAGCAGCCCAAACCAGAGAUGGAGGAGGAACAGGAGGAGGAGGAGGAGGAGGAAGAGGAUCUUGAAGAGCUGGAGCUGGAAGAUGAAGACCAUGACGAAGGGUUUGGGAGCGAACAUGAGCUCUCAGAGAAUGAAGAGGAAGAGGAAGAGGAUGAGGAGGAAGAGGAGGACUAUGCAGAUGAUAAAGAUGACAUGAGCGAUACCUUUUCUGAACCAGGGUGUGACAAUGACCCAGCGGAAGACCUGAAAGGGAUGCCAGCUGGAUUAUCCAGAAAGAGAGGCAAAAGAAGGUACUUCUGGGAGUACAGCGAGCAGCUGACGCCUUCCAAACAAGAACGCAUGCUGAAGCCUUCAGAAUGGGAUCGAGACACCCUGCCCAGCAACAUGUUCCAGAAGAACGGGCACCUCCAUGGGAAGUACACUGUAAAGAAGUCUCGCAGAACCGAUGUAGAAGACCUGACUCCGAACCCCAGAAAGCUUCUUCAGAUUGGUAAUGAGUUGAGAAAGCUAAACAAGGUGAUCAGUGAUCUUACUCCAGUCAGUGAGCUUCCACUGACUGCCCGGCCACGCUCUCGGAAAGAGAAGAACAAACUAGCUUCCAGGGCUUGCCGGCUGAAGAAAAAGGCACAGUAUGAGGCCAAUAAAGUGAAACUCUGGGGCCUCAAUACAGAAUAUGAUAAACUCCUGUUUGUGAUCAAUGCUGUCAAACAAGAAAUUGUAACCAGAGUGCAGAUUCUGAGAGAGGACAAGGGAACCAGCAUGACUGAGAAACUUGAGCGGCUCAUUAAGGAAACUCUUGUGAGCUCUCCUGUAGGUGGGCAGACGUCGGACUUUGUUAACCAGAUCCUGGAGAAGACGGCCGGCGGAGACCCAACAGGAGGCCUUGUGGGACUCCGCGUGCCGACAUAGAAAGUGUAACCUGUUGCCAUGGGCCAACAAGAACCAGAGGCAGAGAGAACCAUCCGCACCAUUAAUGUGACACUGUAAUCUUAUAAUGUUUUGCAUGUUCAUUUACAUCAAGAAAUACAUCUACAAACAUAAUAUUUAGAACUGUGCAACAAAAAUGCAGGAUCUCUGCAUUUACUGUGUUUUACUCGCCUUCCGUGUAUGUGGCUUGUAAUUGUCAUGUAGGAGCCACUAGUUACAAAUUAUGAAGUGAAAACAAGAGACAUUAUACCUGCCAGGGUAAAGGAAACAGCACUUUGGUGGGUAUGCUACAGAACUGAAACCUACAGCAAAUGCUAUCCAAAAUUCUUAGUAGUAUACAGAGUAAAUGCAAGAUAGACGGAGCAUAAAAAUUGCAAGUGGUUUAGAUGAGUUGGAGAUUUUGUUGGCCGUUUAGAUUCCAGCCGAGUAGGAAAUGACAAAAAGUCUACUCCUAGUUUAACAUUAGCCUUGUACUUGGAAUUAUGUAGUAUGAGUUUGGCAAUGGAAGGUUCCAUUAUUCCCUUUUAGCAUGUUUGAAAUCUGACAAAAGGGAAGGAGGUUAAGGAGGUGAUGGAGCAUAAACUACCAUAAUAAGUGGUUAAGCUAAUAGUUCACAUGUGAGUGCUUGAAUAAAUGAAAAAGAUGUUAAUUUUCUUCCAUAUACUUUGGUUGAAAUCACGACAUUUGGACUUUGUAGACGUUGCUAGUAUAGUGUAUAAAGUUUUAAAUUCUUGAGCUUAAUUAUAUAACUUCAUGCGUAUGUACAAAGUAAUACUCAUUGUGCCUUGUAUUUAAUACAGAAGUUUAAGGAAAGUAUGCUUUUUACAAAAGAAAAAAGUUUGGAUGAUGUAUAGUGCAGAUGGGUAAUUUGUGGAUUUGUAAUGUAUUUUAGCUCUUUAAACUAUUUUGAAUGUACAUAGGAAUAUUUGGAAAUGUAGAUAUAUGCCACAGAGUCUGUGUAUUGUAUCAUAAGAUGGCUCUGAAAAUAAUUUUGGGUUUUUGGUACUUUACCAUGAAAAAACUAUUUGCACACUAUAUUUUGAUUGUUUGUUUUUUGUACCAAAGAAGAAUGCAACAAAAAUGGCAAAUAGCCAGUAUAAGUAAGGUUUUGCACAGCUUACCUGAUACCGUAUUGAAUGUAGAAAAAGUGGUAGGGUCAGGGGAAUUCAUUGAACUGUGAAUGUAUUGCUUGGGUCCAAUUCUCAACAGGAGCAUUAAAACAUACUUUAUACAAGUUUGCUGUUCCUGUUGUUGGCUUCUGAAAUAGACAAGGUUGUUAGGAAAAAGAGUUUGGGAUUUUUUUUUUCCUUUAGAAAUUACAUAAAUGCAGUGUAUAUUGUACUGAUUUUUAUAAAGAAAAGAAUAGGAUAGAAGAACAUGGAGCUUUCAAUGUACAUUUUAUUUAGCUUGUAAAAUAUUACCAGAAAUAGCACUUGAUGGAUUAUUGUGCAUGAUACAUUUCUAAAAAUCUAGUUCAGACUGUUAAAAAAAAAAAAAAAAAAAAAAAAAAAAAAAAAAAAAACACACACAAAAAACCAGGAAAAAGUUAAAAAAAAAAAAAAAAAAAAAAAAACUUUAUUUUUGUACAGGUAGCCAAUACCUUUUUGUUGACAUAGCAGAUUAUUCCAUUUGAAAUAUAUUUAACUACAAAAAAAACAAAAAAAAACUUUUGCUUUGUGUUUGCACUGUAUAAUAUCUGAGGUUAUCUCUAUGUUUUUAGUACUGAAAUCAGUAGGAUGCUUUAUUUAUUUAUUUUUUUUUUAAGAGUGGGUCGAGGAAAUAAUGUAUGGUCAAUGUGUUUCUAGUUUCUUUGGACUUUCUAAUAUAUCUGAAGAUAGGUUUGCCAUUGAAGAGAGUGGAAAGGUAAAUGUCAGGUUGGAUAUGUAAUCUCUGGGAUGGAGAACUUUGUCUGCAGAAGACCAUAUAAAAGCGCUAAUAACGUAUUAGUAAACUAGUAAUUAUGUCUUUAAGGCCUGUAGUCAUAAACUGAGUUAGAAAUAUAAUAAUGUGGCUUGCAGUCAACCUUAACACAGUACUGUGUAAGUCGGUCGUAUACCAGUUUAUUAACAAAAUACCAUUAAUAUCCGUUAUUAUUUAGCUCAGUUUUGUAAUAUGAUAUUUUUAACAGUAUGGAAUCCCAUUUUCAGAGACAUAUUUCAUGUUCAAAAGGCAGAGCGGUGUAGCCCAGAUAAAGAUGGUAGAUUGAGACAGUUUCCAAGAAAGCUCACCUGGCUAACACUUAACAGUUUGAGAGAAAUUGAAAAUUACUUUAAUCCAAACAGUGUAUCAGAUUCUUUUCAGCCAAUCAAUUGUUUUUGCUUUUCAAACAACUUAUUUAUUUAUUUUUUUUAAACAUUAUUGUCAACACGACAAACAUAACAGGCAGAAUGCAGGAUCCUGUCUGUUCAGAGACACUGCUAGGUUUACAUUGUAGCAGAGUAUUGGUUCAAUAGUUGUACUUUGAGCUGAUUUAAGUAGAUCAGUGUAAUGUAAAUUUAUUUUUCUAUUACAUUUCACACUAAAAGACCAUUUUACUUACCAUAAGGUGGAGCAUGUUCUCUUGAAGUUGUUUGGUGAUUUCUUUAAAACCCACUUCUUAACUUGCUUCAUGCUAUCCUUUGAGCAGGUACCUGGAAACAAGCAAUCAGAGAAAAAAUAAAUGUAACAUACCAGAUAAGAGCAGGUUGAUAGAGUUGACCUCUCUCUCUCUCAAGACGUUUUAAUGAUAGUAUUGUCAGAAUCUAAUACAUGCUGUAUUUCUGGAACUGUGUGCUUUUCAGUAAAUUGAGCAUGUAGUUAGGAAACAGUUGGUAAUUUAACACUAGGCUAAUUCAAUUGACCCAGCUAAUAGAUACCAAAUAUAUUCUAUAAACUUUUACAGUAAUAUACAGUACCAGUUUACUAACUAGCAUACUAAUGUUCAUUCAUGAAACAUGUCCAUGUUUAUUUAGGGUAAGAGGUAUUUUAAGAUUGGCAUUUGACAGAAACCAGAAUUGAUUUAAAGUGUAGUUGUGUUUUUUGGGGGGUUUUUUUGGAGAAGGGGAAGUGUAAUGGAAACAUUUUAUGCCGUCCUGAAUGCAGUGUUUCACAUUGUAAAUAAAAUAAGCUGAAAUGUAUCUUUUAAAUGUUGAGUUUAUAUUAUAUUGAUAAAUAUAUUAGAAAAAAGCACUUUGUUUGAAAAUGAAAAAAUAAUAGAAUUGUGUCUGUUCCUGCCAUUUGCUGCUAAACCUGGGCUCAUCGGAAUGCUGCGGAGAUGGAGUCAAAUCUAGAAGCGGGCAGUUGAACCUCGAUUUCGAGGUUCUAAAGUUAUGUCUUCAGUUGUCUUCAUUAGUUUUCCUAUGGAAACUGGAUGCUGCUUUGGGUGUUCUUCAGGUUGAUAUACAGUGUAGACGCGUCGGUUCUGGAUGUUUCCAGAUGUUGUUGUGUUUUUUUUUUUUUUUUUUUCUCGUUUAUUUCUUGUAUUGGAAAAACGUGUCCAGGCGUAUUCACGGAAGCUUUAUUUUGUGAACGGUGAAAAAAAAAAAAACUGUACUGUAAAAGAGGUUUGCAGUGGGGAAACCAAUCAGAAACAAACUCCCAAUACCGUGCCAACCUCCUAGCCUUUCGCAAGUAAAAGUUCAAAUGAAACUAUAUUGCUUUGGCAAAUUAUGCUGGCUUCUAAGGUACUGAGUUAAGACACAGUGGCCAGUUAAAAUGCUAAAUCAAUGAAAUAGUUGUGUCUUAUUAAUGAUAAAGAAAUCAUCAGGCAUAUGUCAAACAUAGAUGCCAUGGGCUGUGUACAGCAUUAUAUUUAUUGCUGUCACCCCAGCACUAGUAAAGUGUUCUUGCGGGUUUUUACUUUUAACAAGACGAACGCAAGCUGUGCAGCUUUACAUUUUACCAGGAGACUCUGUGGCAUUUAAACAGUCUAGAAAUGGUUGUACUUCCAUGCCAGUAACUUUUUUUUCUGCUUCCUCUAUUGACAUUGAGACAAGACAUAUACAUUUAUGUUUUUUUUUUUGUCAAAAUAAAAAAGUAUCCUUAAUUGAGAAAAAACGGAGAUGUGUAUGUGUUCUAAGUGAUUUAUUUUUGGCAUGCUUUCAUGUUUCAGUUUGUAGUGUUGCGACAACAAUGCUAUUCACAACUACUGUUGAUAGUGCACUAUGCACACUUUACUCUUGUGUGUAAGGCUGUAAUUGCUUUAGAAAUCAACUCUCCAAAUAUAAAAAAAGGCAGGAGUGGUUUCCUGUUUGCUUCACAGACUUCAAAUUCUUCUACAUGUUACUACAGUCAAACCUGUUUAUAUUGACCACUGGAGUGAGUAUGGACAGGUCUUUUAUGAACAGGUGAUCUAUAAUACAAGUAUGACUGUACUACAUUUUGGUAAAUUCAAAAGAUAAUUCAUCAAAUAAAACAAUUGAUGAUGAGUAAUUUAACAAAGGCAAUAUCAUCACAAAUGUUUGCAGAUGUGUUGAUUCUUGACUCUUGAUUAACUUGUGGAAUGCUAUAAUGUUUAGGAUGAUUAGCGAAUUGGCUUAAACUGAGAGGUGGAUUCAUUUAAAAAAAAACAGAUCUGCUGCUAUAUUCCCUGUCUAUUGAACUUCCAGGUGUAGGAGAACAUGUCCUGAACACACCCUCACAGCUAUAUAGAUUAUAUUUGUUUUAAUUGAAUCCACCCUUUUUAUUGGGCAAUUAAGAAAUACAAAUACAUAACAACCAGAACAAACCCACAAAUUAAAAAGUGCCUGCUUUAUCAGGUGCCUUACUUCUAAAAUAAAAAUUGAAUCUAUAGACUUUAUUAUUAUUAUUAUUAUUAUUAUUAUUAUUAUGUGCAAGAUUAUUUAUCCCAUCAGGCCAAGGUUUCUGAAUGUUUUUUUUAGAUUUAAUUACAUAUUUAAAUCAAUGAGGUGGCUCACAGUUGAAAUAAACAGUGGUUCAGGCACAAUUUUCCUUGAAAGGUGAAUGUUGUCUACCAUCAACGAAUCUUGAAAAGAGACAGAUUGUCAGAUUCACUAAGCAUUUGCUACAGGAAAAGGUGUGCAGAAUGUUUAUUUUUUACAUUAUAUCCCAAAUUCUCAGACAUUUUAAAAUACAUGUUAUUCUGUAAUAUCAUCAAAAUCUACAAGAUAUUCUUUCUAAUUUUGUAACGUUACUAAUUGGUCCUUUAUAUGCAUCAAACUUUGCCCUGGGGUACUUUCAUUGUCAAUGUGUGGUUUACUAGUUAGUGAGACUAUCCAAAGAAUGCUGUGAUUUUCAUUCAAAAUAAUUUAAACUUGUUUCUCAUUAAAGAUCUCUGUAUGUUCUGUGGUUAACUUAUUUUUUUGCUAUCCACCGAUAUUUUGUAUUUCUUUUGUAGUUAUGGUCUAAAUCUGUAAUCUAUUGCACAAGUCUGAAUUUACAUGAAUACUUCACUGCCCCCCUUUUUCCCCCCAUUCAGUUUUCCCAAAUUUGAUGUUGUUUUUAAUAAAUCUUUGCUUUAAUUUUAUAACAUCAAAAACGUGUGUAUGAAAAGGAAGGAGGACCAUAGCUGGGUUAACCAAACAUGUUCAAAUGAUUUUGUGCCCAGAUGCUAUCGCUGAGUGUAUCCUCAUGGAAGGAACAUUAUUAAAUGGCACCUUUGGUGUCACAUUAAAUAACCAGUCGAUGUGUCUCUCAAUUUCGUACAUGACUAUUCCAAUUACUAUCUGGCAGUUGGCUUUAAGUUGUUCUUUUCAGUGAACAAGCACACGCAUCUCUAAGAGACACCGAAUGAUUUGCAGUUCUAAGAUGUCAAACAUUUGACAGUGCAUCAAUAAAGCAAAAUGAUACUUGGUUUGCUCCAGAUUUGGUCUAUUGUGCUAAAUUUGCUGCAGUUCCUAUAUAUAUAUAUAUAUAUAUAUAUAUAUAUAUAUAUAUAUAUAUAUAUAUAUAUAUAUAUAU